GUGUUAUUUGAGUUUAACAAGCACUUCAUUUCUCCUCUGAUUCUCUUCUGCACUUUCUGUUUGUUUCCCGAGAAAAUAAAACACAACGCAUCAGAAAAUUCAAGAAACCCAUUUCAGAGAAGGAAAAAAAAUGGCGUUCGAGAAAGAUCUCAAUUUGGAAGCCACCGAGCUCCGAUUAGGCUUGCCGGGAACUUCGCCGGACGAUCAAUCUUCUACGAUCAAUCGAAUCAUCUCCAACAAAAGAGCUUUGCCCUCCGACGACCAGAACCCACUGGAAUCCGGCCGGGAUAAUAACUCCGAUCUCACUAAAUCCGCCCAAGAAAAUCCCCCACCCACCAAGGCACAAGUCGUGGGGUGGCCGCCGGUGAGAUCGUUCAGAAAGAAUUGUUUUCAAGCUAAGAAAAAAGAUGAGGUGGCGGCGGCGGCGGGAGGGAUGUUCAUAAAAGUUAGCAUGGAUGGAGCUCCUUUUCUAAGGAAAGUUGAUCUCAAAACCUAUCAAGGAUAUCCUGAGCUUCUUCAAGCUUUGGAGAACAUGUUCAAAUUCUCUCUUGGUAAGUUUUGUGAGAGAGAAGGGUAUAACGGGUCGGAAUUUGUUCUGACUUAUGAAGAUAAAGAUGGCGAUUGGAUGCUCGUUGGUGACGUUCCCUGGGAAAUGUUCAUGGGGUCAUGCAAGAAGCUUAGGAUCAUGAAGGGAUCAGAAGCCAAAGGGUUGAGCUGUGGAUCAGUGUGAAGAA